AGUUGAACUUAAGUCGCCGAGUCGAGCAGCAGCAGCAGCAGCAACAGCAGUACGCGGAAACGGUCGAACGAGCGCGAUUCGAUAAUCGAAAGAACCUGAGCUGAGUUUUAAGACGGUUGCACGCAUACACGAAUUUCUGAAGUGUGCUUUUCGCGCUGCCGCAAUUCCUCGUAAAUCAGAGCAAAAAGCAAUUGAGAUUGUGAAUCGGCCAGCAGCAGUAUUGGGAGUGAUCUGGCUAUUGUGUGGCAAUUUCUGUGCCUUAGUUUGUUGGCUAAUUGUGCAAGUAAAAUAUACAGAGAUAUUUGUACCGCAGUAGCAGCAGCAGCAGCAACCACGCUUCAUAUUUCGCAUGCGCGUCGUUCGUUUCGUCUAGUUUGUUUGUUGUAUCUGUGUGAGUGGCCGCGUAUCUGUGUGUGUGUGUGUGUGUGUGUCUGUGUUUGUGCGCUCAAUCUUUGCUCAAUCGCAAUCUUUGGGCAUUGCCAAAACUGGUUGACUAAAAGCAAACGUGUUCUUUACGCUUUUGUUGACUUUGCCAGCGCAAAGCCAAAAGUUAGUCAGCAAGAAAAUAUUACAAAAUAAAUAAAAGCCAAACAAAGAAAAGAAAAACCAAUUUAAACAACAAUUCCUGUGAACAAGUGACCUGCACAACCUGCAAUCAGUAACCUGCAAUCAGUACUGCAGCCUUAAGAACCCCAGCAAAACAGACUGCUUCGACAUGGACGCAGCCGCCGAUGGAGUGCCGCCAGCGGCGCCAGCAGCAGCAGCAACAACGGCCAACAGCGAUCUGGAUUUGGCGGCCCGUCGCCGGCUCUUCAUCUCACAGCCCUCGACACUGGCGACGCGACGCCAGCAGGCGGUUUGUGUGAGGCGGGCCCAUAAAAUGUACGGCAGCAGCAAGAAUCCCAAUGUCGUGCUCGACGGCCUGAACAUGACAGUGCCCAAGGGGUCCAUCUAUGGUCUUUUGGGUGCCUCUGGAUGCGGCAAGACGACUCUGCUCAGCUGCAUUGUUGGACGGCGUCGUCUCAAUUCUGGUGAGAUUUGGGUGCUCGGCGGACAGCCGGGAUCGCGUGGUUCCGGUGUGCCAGGACCCAGAAUUGGCUAUAUGCCACAGGAGAUAGCCCUUUACGGCGAGUUCACAAUGCGUGAGACCUUAAAGUACUUUGGCAUUAUCUCGGCCAUGCAGCUGGGCGACAUCGAGGAUCGCACCGAAUUCCUGCUCAAAUUGCUCAAUUUGCCAAAUGGCUCGAAAUUUGUCAAGAAUUUGAGUGGCGGCCAGCAGCGACGCGUGAGUCUGGCUGUGGCCCUACUCCAUGAGCCGGAGCUGCUCAUUCUCGACGAGCCCACUGUGGGCGUGGAUCCGGUGCUGCGACAGAGCAUCUGGGAUCAUUUGGUGGACAUUACAAGGAAUGGUCACACAACCGUGAUAAUCACCACGCAUUACAUAGAUGAGUGUGCCCAGGCGCAUAUGAUUGGUCUGCUGCGCGGCGGCAAGAUGCUGGCCGAGGAGUCGCCGGGCUUUCUGAGGCAGCAGUAUAAUGCGGACUCACUGGAGGCUGUGUUCCUUAAGCUCUCGGUGAUGCAGAACAUGGGCAAGCGUCGUCGCUCGUCCAUUGCCCAGGAGAUAGUCGAACAGGUGACGGUGCCAGCCAUCUCCAAUCCCGCCCUGGACAUGUCCGAUGAGCAGCAUGCCGCCGAGAUAUCCGGUGAGUUCGGUGACAACAUCUCGAUGUCCUCGGCCGCACGGGACCCGAUCACCAGCACAGCCCCAGUGGCACCGCCCCUGCCGCCCGUGCAGGAUGUGCCCACGUCCUUCUGGUACAAUCUGCAUGUGAUGCAAUCGCAUCAUCUGCACGCGCUCAUUUGGAAGAACUUUCUCUGGAUGAUGCGAAAUGUGGGAGUUAUGCUGUUCAUUGUGGGACUGCCUGUGGUACAGAUAUUGCUGUUCUGCUAUGCCAUCGGCCAUGAUCCUACCGGCCUCAAAGUGGCCGUGGCGAAUCACGAGAUGUCCGAGGAAAUGAUUAUGCAACAAUUCUGUCCAGUGCAGGCCGGAUGCAAUCAGACAAUGCUCAGCUGCCGCUAUCUCGAUAUGCUGGUCAAGAACAAGAGCAUGGUUGUGAAAUAUGUGGACAACGACGAGACCGCCUACGAUGAGGUGAAACGCGGCAAGGCCUGGGCAGCUUUGGUAAUCCAGCCCAACUACACCACGGCACUGAUGGAACGCGUCGAGGAUGGCCGCUAUGCAGAUGAUGCCACCAUCGAGGCCUCCGAUCUGGAUGUGCGCAUGGACUGGUCCAAUCAACAAAUCUCUACGCUGCUGUACCGCGACCUGCAGUACACAUUCUUCCACUUUGUGGAGGGCAUGCUGACCGAUUGUGAGAUGAAUCCGAAGCUGGGACGCGUGCCCGUCGAAAUUGAGCAGCCCAUCUAUGGCUAUCGGAAUCCCAACUUUACGGAUUUCGCCGCACCCGGCGUCAUACUGACCAUCAUCUUCUUCCUGUCCGUGGCCAUCACAUCGGGCGCCAUGCUGAUUGAGCGCAACGAGGGUAUGCUGGAGCGCUGCCUGGUGGCGGGCAUUACGGGCCCCGAAAUCCUGCUCUCCCAGGUGGUCACACAGUUCACGGUCAUGCUCAGCCAGACGAUCUUUGUGCUGAUCGUGAGCUUCUACUUCUUUGAGCUGACGCUGGUCGGCGACAUCUGGCUGGUGGUGGCCCUCUGCAUCCUCAAUGGCCUGUGCGGCAUGAGUUUUGGGUUUGUCAUCUCGUGCGCCGUGGACACGGAGCGAACGGCCACCUAUGUGGCCAUGGGCUCCUUCCUGCCCAUUGUGAUGCUGUGCGGCAUUAUUUGGCCCAUCGAGGGCAUGUUCCCGUUGCUGCAGUUCGCCACCGCCUUUCUGCCGCUGACCAAGCCCACGGAAUCGAUGCGCUCCAUACUGCAACGCGGCUGGGGCAUCGACAAUCCAACUGUCUACAAUGGCUUCAUUUCGAUAUCGUCCUGGGUGCUGGUGUUCCUGGUCCUCACCAUACUGCUGCUCAAAUUCAAGAAGGGAUAAGCUCAGAAGCACACACACUUCUUAUGAUUUUACUAGGUUGUAAGGGUAGUCCGUAGACCCUAUGUCUUACUCUAGCUUAGCGAGUGUAUGUCUCUCGUAUGUAUGUAUGUCUCUUGUACAAUGUUUCAAUCUGAGAUAAGGUUCCGGAAUUCAACUAUGUCACUUACUAUGCAUGGAAAAUUGUUGUGCCUUGUAGGUUUAAGUCUCAUAUCAUACCCCCUACCACCCCACCACUCAUUCGUACCCACAAUAAUAACUCUACUGUAAUUACAUCUGAACAUAUUAUUAUAUUUAUGCCCUAAGCUUGCGAACAAACAAAAAAAAAGAAUAUUUGAAUAAAAUUGAUAAAUAAACUCUGGCAAAAGAUUUACUUCACAAAA